UUCCCUCAGUGACAAACCAGAAACAUGAAUUUCAUUAAUAGUGGGCCUCAAUACUAGGAAACUUGAAAAGCAAGAAGUUUGGCCAGUUGCUGGUGUUUUUUUGCUGCACAGGUUGUUAAUGACAUGAGGCUAUUAAUAGGUGCCAUAAUAUGUCUACUUGCAACGCUCCAGGAAGCCGUCUCCCAAGACUGUGUGGAGACAUGCCCUGCUGGUGAGGAAUGGAACUCGAAUGUGACUGUGGUGGAACAGGGACAAACAUUCCUGACAUUAGAAUGGGAAGUUGACCAACCCAGCACAGUAUAUUUAGUUCGAUGGUUUCAAGAGAGAGUGUUUAUAGGAAAUGACAAUACUACCGACCUGUUGUACACAAUAAGCAACCUAAUGUCCAACACCCAGUACACGGUGACCAUUUGUCGACAGAUGGUGGCAGUCGACAACUGUGGCAACUGUAACCUGUGUGCCACCACUCUACAAGGUCCUCCGGAUCCUCCAGGGGGAGUGGCUAUUCAAGUGAACGGGCCCGACAGUAUCUUGGUGAUCUGGCAGCAACUGGGAGGUGGGGAGAUGGUAGACAUGUGGCACAUCCUUUGCGUAGUCAGCGACACCGGAAAAAUCGUCCAUAACAGCACACGGAUUGCUCUCCAAAUUACGAUGUUCAAAAACCAAGAUGUAUUCCAGCUUACCCCUGAAACUACCUAUAAUUGCUCAGUGGCUGCCUCCAACGCAUUUGGCCUGGGGGAAUACUCCCCUAUUGCUCAGGGAAUCACUUUGGCCAGAACUACAGUCCCUGGAUUGGUGAGUGAUGUGAGGGUGUUUGUGUACCACCCAUUAUCGGAGGAGACCAGUCUCACUGGAUUGGUGUUGUGGACUCCACCAGCUGGCUCCACUUGAUGUCUACUCUGUCACCCUUAAUGUUGGUGGGAGCCCUGUUCCUUUGGUGUAUCAGCCCCCAGGCAAUCUGUCCAGCCACGUCCUUGCCAUACGAGAUAGUAACACUCUGGCAGUGUCAUUCUUGCAGGAAGGCACUACCUAUGAUGUCCAGAUCACAGCGUUUAACCACCCCAGUGGGUCUGGCAACUCCUCUUUUCCUAUCAACUUCACUCUCAAUGGUGCG